AGGAGCGAGCUGACUGGCGGUGCCGAGGCGGCGGGGCGGGCAGGGCUGCUGCCCGGUUCCCGCCGCAGGCGCCCACACGACUGUGCCCUGUGGUGCCAGGCUGGUGGCGGCGGCAGGAGGGCGACGGUGAGGGCAGCGAUGGGCGCCGGGACAGAGCCGGCGGAGGCGCGGCGCGACGCGGCGGAGGGGAGGAUCUACCUGGACCACAACGCCACCACCCCCCUGGCCCCUGAGGCGGCCCAGGCCGUGCAGGAUGCCAUGCUCCAGGCCUGGGGCAACCCCAGCAGCUCCCACCCUGCAGGCAGGAAGGCGAAGGAGCUCAUCGGUUGCGCCCGGGAGAGCCUGGCGAGGAUGGUGGGAGGCCGGCCAGAGGACAUCGUCUUUACCUCGGGGGGCACGGAGGCAAACAACAUGGUGAUCCACACCGCCCGCAGGCACUUCCGCGAAAGCCAGGCCAGGCCGGGGGACGGCCGGGGGACGCCGCACAUCGUGACGUCGAGCGUGGAGCACGACUCCAUCCGCCUGCCACUGGAGCAGCUGGUGAAGGAAAGCCUGGCAGAAGCCACCUUUGUGGCUGUGUCCCCACGAAGCGGGCGGGCUGAGGUGGACGACGUCCUCGCUGCCAUCCGGCCGACCACCUGCCUAGUUUCCAUCAUGUUGGCCAAUAACGAGACUGGGGUCAUCAUGCCUGUAACGGAGCUGAGCCAGCGCAUCCAUGCCCUCAAUCAGUGGAGAGUGGCGGAGGGGCUGCCCAGGAUCCUGGUGCACACGGAUGCGGCGCAGAUGAUUGGCAAGGGGCGCGUGGAUGUGCAGGAGCUGGGGGUGGACUACCUCACCAUCGUGGGACACAAGUUCUAUGGCCCGCGGAUUGGUGCGCUGUAUGUGCGUGGCCCCGGCACCACCACCCCGCUGCACCCCAUGCUCUUCGGAGGGGGACAGGAGAGGAGUUUCCGGCCGGGCACUGAGAACACCCCAAUGAUUGCCGGCCUCGGCCAGGCUGCAGAGUUGGUGAGCAAGAACUGGGAGGCCUACAAGGCUCAUAUGCAGGAUGUUCGGGAUUACCUGGAGGCCAGGCUGGAGGCCUCCUUUGGGAAGCAGAGGAUCCACCUCAACAGCCACUUUACGGGCUCCAAGCGACUCUGCAACACCUCUAACUUCUCCAUUCUGGGCCCAGGCCUUCAAGGGCAAAGGGUGCUGUCUCGCUGCAAGACGCUUCUUGCCAGCGUUGGGGCUGCCUGCCACUCUGAGAAAGGGGAUCGGCCCUCUGCGAUUCUGCUCAGCUGCGGGAUCCCCUACGACGUGGCGCAGAACGCCCUGCGGCUGAGCGUGGGGCGAGACACUACCCGGGCAGACGUGGACCUGGUUGUGCAGGACCUAGUGCAGGCUGUGGCGCAGCUGGACCAGGACCAAGCCCCGUAGACCCCGGGGAUUGCUCCCUGGCCAUCACCCAGGUUCUCGGGACGGGAUUGUGCCCUGCUUGGCCCCUGGGUGCUGGCUGCCUGUGUCAGUUUGGGCUCAGGUUUUGGCGGGAUUAGUUUUGCGCCUGAUCCCUAAGUUGAACUGAUGCAGCCUGCAGUUUGUGAUUGUGGAUCAGACGUUGGGGAGGUGGCAGCUGGUGGUGGCAGGAGGAGGAAGUGGGAUCACCCGUUUCGGCAGCAACGUGCUCUUAGCUCUGCUUAGCUGUAUGUCAGCUUGUGCUCACAGGGAUCAUAGUGGGGCUGGCACGGCUCUGCAGCACAUGCGGCUCGAGCAGAGAAGCUAGCGCAGGUGGCUGGAGGCAGCAGGGAGCUGUGCUGAGGAGGGGGCUUUGCUGCUUUGGGGCUGGAGCAGCUCAUCGAGAGCUUGCUGAGGACUCUCUUGUCCCCACCGCAUGGUGCAGGCAUUCGAGGAGUCUCGCUGUUGGGUGUUGCUCGCUUGCCAGCACGUACGCAGCUGGCUGCGUGCGUGCCUGCAUGUCUCAAAGCUCGACUCCCUCCAGAGUGUAGCAGGCAUGGAAGCCAUAGGAGAUGAAGCCUUUUGCCCUGGUUGCUUUCCACAAAGGAAGCUUUCCCACUGUCUAAUCCCUCAGAGGAGGAAAGACCAUCUGCCCCAGAGGGAAACGAGGAGUUGACAGAAGCACAGCAAGAUUCUGGGCUGGGAACUGCCCUGCCCCUGCCAGGGCCCUAAGCUGCCAAAGGGUUUUUUGGCUGAGAAGGUGAUGGGCACAGCUUUCCCAGCACUGCGUUGCCUUACCUGCUCCCCUUCCUCCUGUCCUUCCUACAGUGGGCAGAGCUCCGGUUGCCAGCUCCACGUGCUCCUAAAGGGAACAGAGUUGUCGGGGCAGCUGUAACUGUGCCAGCACCUGAGGAAACGUGUCUUCCCUGCAUGGCCCAGGCGGUGGUUCUCGUCACUGACACAGGAGCACACAAGUGUUGCAUGGAUUAGGAAUGUUGCCGGCUGGGCUGACUGAUGUCAGGGAACCUGGUCUCCCUAGGUAUUUGUAGGAAUAAAAGUGAUUGCUGCUGCUGUGGCUUUUUCCCAAGUAA